GAGUGACAUUGGGCCUCCCGUCAGGCGCCCCUGCAGACGCCCGAAGAGGCCCGGUCGACCUCGCCGCUGCUCCGCGCCCGCCGUCCGAGGAACGAGGGAGGCUCCCGCCGCGCCGCCGCCGCCGCCGCCGCAGCCAUGUUCGGGACCAUGGCCAAGCACGCCAAGAAGCACCCGAGCCUGCUUCCUCUUUUCCUGUUUGUUGGAGGCGCGGCAACUUGCGCGACGCUGUAUCUCGCCCGCCUUGCUCUCCGCAACCCUGAUGUCUGUUGGGACAAAGCGAAUAACCCGGAACCGUGGAAUAAGCUGGGGCCCAAUGAUCAGUACAAGUUCUUUGCGGUUAAUGUGGACUACAACAAGCUGAAGAAAGAAGGUCCAGAUUUCUAAAGGAAAAAAAAGUUUCUCCCUUUACAAGCUGCACAAAAUGAAGGUCUUAAGGUCUUCCAGAAGCCAUCCGCACAACUCAUACGCUUGAAACAUCCAGGAAACCCUAACUUUUAUUGCACGCCGCACUUAAAUCAUGUUUGUCAAAGAGCUUGUUGGGACUUAAUAAAAUUUGACACCUGGAAA